UUUAAAUGUAUGAAAUGCAUCUCCGCGUUGUAAUAAAACUCGCACUUGUCAUAAACAGCUGAUUGCGCGCAUUGUUUCACAAACAAAAAUGUUAAACGUUUACGAACUAAUUUCUUAAUAAAUUGAAUUUUGUAAAGUGUUGAAAAAUUAAUUGUAACUAAGAUUACUAAUUGUAUAAAAUGGAAGAUGAUGAUGUCGGUGUGCACCGCCUUGAGGGCUCUACGGGAAAUGCACGCGGUGGACUUGUAAUUAAAAAACCAAAAGAGGAGGGUAGCGAUAACAAAUUCAAAGUGCCCAAACCGUCCAUACUAGGAUUAGAUCGUUUAGCAGCGCAACGUCGUAAAGAGCGAGAGGAGGCACAACGUUUAAUAUCCUUUAAAGAUAAUGAAAAUGAUGAAGACGAGCAUAAGGGUGGUGUAUCUGCUACGUCUGCUGGUGACGAAUUUGCAUUCAAAAAACCAGAGACCGGUAGUGUAAAUAAGAUAAAUAGGCAGAUAAGGGAAACGCGAGUGGAGACACCUUCACAUACAGGUGGUGUAUCGGAAGAGGCGCGCGAACGUCUGCGCCAGCAUGUUAAACGCGAUAAAGAGCGCACCAAUAAAGGCGGCAUGCGUUACUCCACACAUGAGGAUGGUAAACGUGAAAACAGAGAUCGUUCAUCCUCAAGUUCAUCAAGUCGGGAACGAGAUCGUGAUAGGGACCGUCGUCGCGAUAGAGAUAGACAAAGAGAUUAUGAACGUGAUCGCAACCGUGGAAGAUAUCAUGAUAAAGACCAUAAUAGGGACAAAGACCGACGAGAUCGCAGCAGAGAUAAUUCAGAACGUGGUAAUCGUGGCGAUGCAACUUCCGUACGCAGUGGCGAACGUACACCACGAUUCAAGGAUGAGCCACGCACACCUAUGGACAUUUCUGUGAGUGGCAGUGCGUGGGAUGAUGACGACAGUGAACGUCCGUCGCAGACCAAAAAAUCUUCAUGGGAUUUUCCAACGCCAAAAUCUUAUGCUAGUUCAGAACGUUCUGAUUGGUCUGUUAGAAGUAGCAAUAGCAGUGGCAUUGGCACCAGUAGUACCCGUGGUCGUUCGCGUCAAGAACGUGAAGAUGAUACACCCAGACCAACACCUGCCCACAACUAUAAUGUUUGGGCUAACGAUCGUAAGCGCUCGGGUGCUACACCUGCAACUGGACGCAGUAACCGUCAGCCCUGGGGAGAAAGUGAGGAAGAUCGUGAUAUGUGGGAAGAAGAACAACGUCGCCUCGAUCGUGAAUGGUAUAACAUUGAUGAGGGUUAUGAUGAUGAAAAUAAUCCGUUCGCUGGUGCUAAUGCAGACUAUUUUAGAAAACGCGAGGAAAUUAUCGAACAAAAACGCACGAAGCGUAUUAGCGCACAGCAGCGCCAAAUUAACAAAGACAAUGAGUUGUGGGAACGUAAUCGUAUGCUUACAUCUGGUGUGGUAAUGUCAAUAAAUGUAAAUGAAGAUUUCGACGAGGAGGCGCUAGAGCGUGUCCACUUGUUGGUGCAUCAUAUCAUUCCACCGUUCCUUGACGGACGUAUCGUGUUCACCAAGCAACCUGAACCCGUUAUACCGGUCAAAGAUCCCACCUCUGAUAUGGCAUUGAUUGCACGCAAAGGCAGCAGCUUAGUGCGUGUCUAUCGCGAACAAAAGGAACGUCGCAAGGCGCAAAAGAAACACUGGGAGUUGGGCGGCACCAAAUUGGGUAACAUUAUGGGUAUUGAGAAGAAGAUCGACGAAGAGGAUGCGAAAUUUGAUAAGGACACCGAUACGGCAGACUAUCGACGUGAUCAGAAAUUUGCCGAGCACAUGCGUGACCAAGACUCGGGUGGUAAAAGUGAUUUCGCGCGCAAGAAGACAAUCGCUGAGCAGCGUAGAUUUUUACCCGUAUUCGCUGCUCGUCAGGAGCUUUUAAAUGUUAUACGCGAAAAUUCUGUUGUUAUUAUUGUCGGUGAAACGGGUAGCGGUAAAACUACACAGUUGACACAGUAUUUGCAUGAAGAUGGCUACAGCAAUUUUGGCAUGAUCGGUUGCACGCAACCGCGUCGUGUGGCUGCUAUGUCUGUGGCGAAACGUGUCUCCGACGAAAUGGGCACCAAGUUGGGUGAUGAAGUCGGUUACGCUAUACGUUUCGAAGAUUGCACUUCGGAGAAAACCGUUAUUAAAUACAUGACUGAUGGUAUCUUAUUGCGUGAAAGCUUACGUGAUCCUGAUUUGGAUGGCUAUUCCGCCAUCAUUAUGGAUGAAGCGCAUGAACGUUCCUUGUCUACUGAUGUUCUCUUCGGUUUACUACGCGAGAUCGUUGCCCGUCGCCAUGAUCUCAAGCUCAUCGUCACUUCAGCCACUAUGGAUUCCACAAAAUUCGCCACAUUCUUUGGUAAUGUACCCAACUUUACCAUACCCGGACGUACUUUCCCCGUUGAUGUGAUGUUCAGUAAGAAUACUUGCGAGGACUAUGUCGAAUCGGCGGUGAAACAAGCACUACAAGUGCAUUUAACACCCAACGAGGGUGAUAUGUUAAUAUUUAUGCCCGGUCAAGAGGAUAUCGAGGUGACGUGUGAAGUGUUGGCUGAACGCUUGGCGGAGAUUGACAAUGCACCCGAACUGUCUAUACUACCCAUCUACUCGCAGUUACCCUCUGAUCUGCAAGCGAAAAUAUUUCAAAAAUCACCAGAAGGCCUACGCAAAUGUGUGGUCGCCACAAAUAUAGCGGAGACCUCACUCACCGUCGAUGGUAUUAUCUAUGUCAUCGAUUCGGGUUAUUGCAAACUAAAAGUCUACAAUCCACGUAUUGGUAUGGACGCACUACAGAUUUAUCCCAUAUCACAAGCGAAUGCCAAUCAGCGUUCGGGUCGUGCUGGACGUACCGGACCAGGUCAGGCGUUCCGUCUCUACACACAGCGUCAGUACAAGGAGGAUCUACUGCCACUAACUGUGCCUGAGAUACAGCGUACGAAUUUGGCGAAUACGGUGCUGUUACUGAAAUCAUUGGGUGUCGUGGACCUGCUGCAGUUUCAUUUUAUGGAUCCACCGCCACAGGAUAACAUACUCAAUUCACUGUAUCAGUUGUGGAUACUUGGCGCUUUGGAUCACACUGGCGCAUUGACGCCGCUCGGUCGGCAGAUGGCUGAAUUCCCACUCGAUCCGCCGCAGUGUCAAAUGUUGAUCGUCUCUUGUCAAAUGGAGUGCAGUGCUGAGGUGCUCAUCAUAGUUUCCAUGCUCUCUGUGCCCUCCAUAUUCUAUCGGCCCAAGGGACGCGAGGAAGAAGCUGACGGUGUACGAGAGAAGUUCCAAGUGCCGGAAUCAGACCAUCUCACCUACCUCAAUGUGUAUCUGCAGUGGAAGCAGAAUAACUACAACUCCAGCUGGUGCAAUGAGCACUUCAUACACGUCAAGGCAAUGCGUAAAGUACGUGAGGUACGUCAACAACUCAAGGAUAUCAUGAUACAGCAGAAACUCAAUGUCAAAUCCUGCGGCACCGAUUGGGACAUUGUGCGCAAGUGCAUUUGUUCGGCGUACUUCUACCAAGCUGCGCGUCUCAAAGGUAUCGGCGAGUAUGUGAACUUGCGUACGGGCAUGCCAUGCCAUCUGCAUCCCACCUCUGCGCUCUAUGGACUCGGCACCACGCCCGAUUAUGUGGUCUAUCAUGAGCUCGUGAUGACCGCCAAGGAAUAUAUGCAAUGUGCCACUGCCGUCGAUGGUUAUUGGUUAGCCGAACUGGGUCCUAUGUUCUUCUCUGUCAAAGAGACCGGACGCAGCGGGCGUGAGAAAAAGAAGCAAGCGGCUGAGCAUUUGAAAGAAAUGGAGACACAGAUGCAGUUGGCGCAAGAGCAAAUGGAGGAACGUAAAUUGCAAGCGGCUCAACGCGAAGAGCAAAUGACGCCGAAGCAGGAGAUCAUUACACCCGGUGGUGCUACACCCCGACGUACGCCAGCGCGCAUUGGCUUGUAAUUGUGACAAGUUUGUUGUGCUGUUAGG